CUUCCCCCACCUCCACCUCGCCCCUAUUCUCACAUCCCCCUCUCCUCGCUGUUCUCCCCGUCCCACUCCGCAUACACCCUGUCGUGUCCACCCCAUUCGACGCUAUGGACCGUCUCUGCGGGGAAAUCCUUCAACUCAUCCUCAACGAACUAGACUUCCCCGCCCCCUUCACCGCCAUCUCAAAGCGCUAUUAUGAAUUCUCCAGAGAUCCCUACGUUCGCGCCCAGUAUUUCUUGGCCCACUACGGAAGGACUCAGGCGCUCUACUGGGCUCUAGGCAGCGGUAGACUGAUGAAUGAAAGGGUCAUCGACAUUCUCCUGACCAGCGGCGCGCAUCUCUCCCGCUAUCUCGUCCAAAUAGCUAUACAUCACUUCUACCGCUCCUCUGUCCCAUACAUCAAGGCUCAAUGGGUUCGCACCAUGCCGCUGUCCACCUUUGCCUACUUCCAGAAGGUGGCGGCUGAACGCUUAGGGGCUGAACUGCCCCCUACCAAGGGGGAUGAUGAUGGCACGAUCUUCACUCAGUUCCUCAAAGAGCGGCAAUCACCACCCAAUUUGCGGUCCAUUAAGUUGGAGACGAUACUGGAGAUAUUCGAGAAGUACAAGUUCAUUCCGUUCUGUGCGAAGGACCCCAUCAUGACCCAAUUCCCCCUCGCUCUUGCAAUCGAGCCCCGUCUACUCCCGCUAGCGGUCGCCAAUGGUUUCACCAUGGAUAGUAGAUAUCGGGACUUCAUAUUUCGCCGGAUGUUUGAACGGUCGAACAGUACGAACAACAGUCGCUCAGAUGACAUGCUGCAAAAUGUCCGGGAAUUGUGUCGGUUGGAUGCCUCGAUGUUUGUCAGUCGAACGGUCGCGGCAGAGGUCUGCAUGGAGGCUCAAACAAACGUCACCGCGUUCAGCGUCCUCAGAACUCUUGACAGCAAGGGUGAACUGCGAUUUGACCUGUCUUCGGUGGUCGAAGAGCUUAUCAAGCUCUUUGUCAAGACGCGCUCCAUCACACUUCAUCAUACCGUAAACGCUCUACGACAUCUUUACGCCGCUUACCCGAGCAAAGAUCCCACCGUCAGACUAGUCAUGUUGGUUACGGUCUUCAAUGGCCAUACUCCUGCGACGGUCCAUACCAAGCUGGAAUCCCUGAAGUUGCUGCCUUUGACCAAGAGGGACGUGCACAAUGUUCUUCUGAAUCCGUUUAUUGAGCGGCAUACCAACGUCAUGGAAUACGCGAAGACAUAUCUUGACUUCGAGCCUAGGGAGAUGCGCGCGUUUUUGGAGGACAUCGCGACGAAAUGCCUUGAAAUCACAUGCAAGGGCCGAAUGCUCAAGAGCUUGCACGCGGAAAUACCCUCUUUGGAGAAGACUCUCGUAGCCUUCGUGCAGGAUCGCUAUCAGAUCGCGCAGAGCGACCUCGACGGCUACCGUGACGACCUCCUCGGAAAUUUCGAGGCUCGCCUCUGUCGCGACCUCAACUGUGUCCGUUCUUUCGAAGAUGCCGUGCUGCCUUCCUCAGGGUCAAAUAUCGUGAACGACGACAGUGAUGAUGAUGAGGACAUGGACCAGCUCGCAGACGAUUACGUCGAUUUUGAUAUCCCUCCGCUUGUGCCCGCGACGAAGCCAGACCUGGAUGGUCUAGGACAUAUCGGGCAAGAGACACUGUCUCAGGCUAUACGCCAAGAUGAGCUCGUGCCGGCACGGCGGAGACGAUCGUAUCCUACGCUCAUGUCUCAUUUUUCGUCUGACUACACGACAAGGCUGCACUAUCCUGAGCGUUCGUGCUGUCUCCGUGGCCUCCUCUUGAACGUACUGACGGUCGUCUAUGAUUCAGACUCGGUUCACGUUGCACGAUGGAUUCGUAGCGAGUUUGGUCCUCGUCACUUUCUGACAGCGGUCUUCAUGUCCCAUGCUAUCAUCAAUCACAGUACAACAGUUAUUCCAUACUAUCUUCCAUCUGAUAGUCCUCCCACCGUUCCAAUCACAUUGAAGCACUUUCAACUGUUAGCGUGUCUGGGACGGAUGCCGCAUCCUGCCUUGUUCCAGAGUAUCCAACAUGGUGCUCCAUUCUACAUGACCGAGGAUGACUAUCUCCAUGAGGACGCUUCCAAGAUCAAGAAGGAAAGCACGCCCAGCACUGAGCUCGUCACGCCUGUGGAUUCGUUCUCUUCAGUAGCCGCGCCUCUCGCUUCGACAUCCGCGAUUGCGUCGUCAUCGCGAGUCAGGAGCACUACCACUAAUGCUCAGGGGCGCAGGCCCCGCCGGUCUGCUGCUGCCUCUGUCAAGUCGUACGUGGUACCAGACUCGGACGACGAGGCAAUCGCGGACGACAAGAUGUAUAUCGACACAAGCUUCAGGAAGCCGGUGAAGGAGGUGAAGGAACAGCCUGCAGAGACCCACUUGCAGCAGUGGAUCAAGCACUUGGCCGCCCUGGUGAAAGAAGAGCAGAAGAAGUACAAUGAGAAGCGAAAGCAAGCGGAGAAGGCAAGCGAACCUGGAACAAAAAUUCGUGUGAUGAAGAGCAAUUUCCUCAAGGAAGUUUCGGUUAUGGUACGGGAGCUCCGCAAAGCGGACGAAGCUCAACGACUAGAGCAACUUGGAUCAGGCCUGGUCAACGACGAUUACAGCGAAGACGACGACGAGUAUCAUCAUUGGACAACUCGCGCGAAGCGUCAGAAGAUGACCAACGAUCCCACCAUUCAUGCAUAGCGCUCCGACACGACCACUUUCUUAAUGAUUCUCAUUCCAUCAUAGGCUAUCGGACUGGCUGGACCUUUCGUUAAUCUCCGUUGCUUUUUUAUCGCAUCAUGAUGUCAUCAAUCUUCUGCACCAUACCCACGUCCUCACAUCGCUUGCCAUUGGCCUCGAAAUGCGGGCGAUUAAGGUAUUGUCACAUACAUUCCACCCGACGGGUUUGCUUCGCAUUGGCUCGUUCUUUAUCGCUUGUCUGAAACUUUAAUAUUCAUAUAUUUUAGCUGAGAAUGUAAUUGUUUCGCGCAUAAACGUAUUGAUGUAUUCUAUCGCAUCGCUAAUAGUACGCGGCUGUACAAUUUGAGAUGUG